CAUUGUCCCUGGAGAAGAAGGGAAGGGCAAAAAAGGGACAAAAAACCCCCCAGAAAACCUCUCACCAAGAGCCUUAUAAAAAGCUUGGAAAUUCUACCAUACGUCCCGUUUGGCGACUGCCACCUCAUCAAGACCCUCUAACACCCAAGAGGAUUCUCUUCUUAAACAUCCUCUUCUCCAGCUUGCAAGAACACGUUGGAGAGAAGGAUUGCUGGAAAAGAGCUAAGCUUUUGCCUUCCCAAGAGUAAACUGAAACUUGAAAGGAUCAGAUCUGCAACUUUCAAAUGGAGUGGACAGGAACCUCUGAGUGACUGGAAAUCAAAGCUCCUGAAGUUUGGCUGAAGGUUGCUCGGGAACCAGCGAUGUUGCAGUUAACAGUCACCCCUCAAUCAGCCCUGGUGGAUGAGCCAUUGCAGAUCCAGGUUACAGGCCUUCAGCCCUCUCAGUUGGUGACCUUCCAUGCAACCCUGAUCGAUGAGAAGGGGCAACCCUUUCGGUCUAGAGCCUUCUACCAGGCUGACGCGGCCGGUGAGGUGGACCUGGAGAAAGCCUCUGCUCUUGGCGGUGAUUAUGUGGGUGUCCAUCCCAUGGGCCUCUUCUGGACCCUGAAGCCCAAAAAAACCUUUUCCAGGCUGAUGAAGCAGGAUGUGAUAAACACUCCUUACCAUGUGAAGCUGGAGGUGUAUAAUAUGGUUCUCUUAGAUUUCUUGAUAGAGGAUCAGCCCUUGAUCAGCACGACUGUGGAACGGUGGUAUGCAGGUGCAGGCGUAAAACGGAUCCAGAUCAGGGAAGGAAGAGUACGGGGGGCCCUCUUCCUCCCUCCAGGAGAGGGCCCUUUCCCAGGGAUAAUUGACCUUUUUGGUGGUAUUGGUGGUCUGGUUGAAUUCCGGGCCAGUCUCUUGGCCAGUCGUGGCUUUAUCGUGUUGGCUUUAGCAUACUUUAAAUAUGAAGACCUACCCCAAAGCACUUCACUGGUGGAUUUGGAGUACUUUGAAGAAGCUGCCAAUCUGCUCUUGAAACAUCCCAAGGUCCUUGGAUCAGGCAUAGGGGUUAUCGCGAUAUGCAAAGGUGCAGAGAUUGGACUAUCCAUGGCAAUUCAUCUGAAGCAGAUCACCGCUUUAGUCUGCAUCAAUGGCCCAAAUAUCAUCCUUGAAGGGGUGCACAAAUACCAGGAUGAUUGUAUCCAGGCACCGCUACCUUCACUAGAGAAGAUCAGAGUAGAACGCUUUGGACUAAUAAGCAUGUAUGAUUCAAUAGAGAUGAUUCGAGAAAAGGGAGGUAGGAAUGCGCUGCCUGUAGAAAAGUUUCAAGGACACAUUCUCUUCAUCGUGGGAGAGGACGACAAAAAUUACAAUAGCAAGGCCUUUGCUGAGGCCGCAAUGGAGCAGCUGAAGAAACACGGGAAGAACAGUGGAAAGCUCCUCUCCUACCCGGGAGCCGGGCACCUGAUCGAGCCCCCCUAUUCUCCACUCUGCUUUGCUUCCUGGAAUGCCAUUUUCAAAUUUCCCUUGGUGUGGGGUGGAAAGUACAUCUCUCAUGCGACAGCACAGGAACAUUCCUGGAGAGAGAUUCAGAAAUUCUUUAGACAUCACCUCACUCAAAACCAAGCCCCCAAACUCUGAGCCAAGUGAGAAAAUAGGGGAAAGAGAAAGGAUAAAGAAACUCCCCCGGGCUCCUGCUGCCAGCCUCUCUCCCCCUCAUUUGCUUCCUGACCUGGGUUUUGCUCCACCUGGACUGGUGCGUUCCUGUCGAUCAACACUAGCCCUCGGCAUACGGAGGGAUUGUGCCGUGAUUUUUCAUUUCCUUUCUGUCCAAGUCCCAUGUGAAUAUGACAGAUCGUGCUUUGAUGGCCACCAUCAGUCAAAUCUGCCAGAAUUCCACAAGUUUAUCCAUUCAGAUGUCUAUCUUUCCUUUCUGGUGGAGCUAGAGCUGUGUAAAAUAUGUCUGCUGUUUAAGGGCCUGGAAAUCUGGCUUGGGAGGAAGUGAUUUCAGAAGUGAUCAUCUGCUGUCUUGAAUGGACGAAUUUUCUCUGCAGUAAAACUGGUGAAAUGAA